AUGUCUGAUGUGGUACGUAAGAGGACAUCAGCGGCACCACCAUCAAAGGAGGCAUCACAUCGACCACUAUUAGUGGCACCACCAUUAGAGGAGGCAUCACAGCGAGCACUAUUAGUGCCACCGCAUCGACCACCAUUAGUGGUACCACAGCAGCUAUCAUCUACUCAGCCUCCACGCCUACCAUUGGUGCGUCCACCAUCAGUGGCACCACCAUUAGAGGAGGCAUCAGAGCGAGCACCAUUAGUGCCACCGCAUCGACCACCAUUAGUGGCACCACAACAGCUAUCAUCUACUCAGCCUCCACGCCUACCAUUGGUGCGUCCACCAUCAGUGGCACCACCAUUAGAGGAGGCAUCACAGCGAGCACCAUCAGAGGAGCCAUUAGUGCCACUGCAUCGACCCCUAUCAGUGGCACCGCAGCAGCUAUCAUCCCGACUGGAGUCAUCGACUUAUGAGCCAUCCGCAGACCCUUCGUCGUCUUCACAGCCUCCCUCAGGUAUAAGAAAUUGA